UGUAUGUAUAUGUUUAUAUGUGUGCAUGCAUGUUUAUUUUCUGCAGAUGUGCUGGAAAUUUAAAUAAAACGAAUUUCUACCAAGUGCUCUCCUCCUCGAUUCUCAAGAAUUCAAGUAGGCCUUGCUGAUAUUUCACAAGGCAGGAAACUUUGGUUGUGGAGGAGCAACUUGUGGCGGUGGAGCAGGUGGAGGCAGCGCAGGAGGAGGUGGGCGGUUUCCCAGCAAUCUGUCAGCCAAUCAAUCAAUCAGUCAAUCAGCCAGUCAAUCAGUCGGGACAAACAGCGUUAUGCAUAGAGAUUUAUAGCUGCAGGUAUGUCUUCUACAAUCUCCUACACAUUUCGUGAUAAACUUAUAAUGCUACCCGAGCCGAAAGAUAUGUCUAUAUAUAUUUAUUAUAAGAGAAUCCUCCGCAAGAGCUUGUAACCCAGAAAUGCCAAUCAAAUUGACAUUCAAUUUGAAUCUGACCCAAUAGACAGCCGGCGAUAAUCGAUAUUUGACCUAGGCCAAUAUAGAAAUGACGACCCAACAAAUGGCUGGCUGACUCCCCCCGCCCCCGUCAGUUAGCUGUAACCUUCUCCGGUUGCCCCGCCUCCAGGGAUAAUCGAUGACUAAUUUGAUGGCUGCCUAAUACCAAAUUGAGCGUUCCUCAAAUGGCCGGGGACUUGGGCCUUAGUCUAAUCAAUGGAAACACAUUUGAAGAAUUGCGAGUGGUUGCCACGCCCCCGCCCGUGCCCCUGCAACUUGCGUCAAACGGGCGUUGGACUGUGACAUUUGGCAAUUUAUUGAAGACGGUUUCCAAUCAGAGCAAAUCAUGCGAACCAGUCGCUCCCCCCCACUCCCCAACCGCCCAUCUAAUAUGGCAAACGGAAUUUAUGGCCGCGUGCUGAGGCCGUAAAAAAUAAAAGUGCAGGCAGAGAGUGGGCCCUGCCAGGGCCUGAGGCAUGCGAGAUAGAUAAGUAUUGCAUGGAGCUGGCAAUCGUUGUCGAUUCGCUCAGAGCAUUGAAUUGGUGUUAAGCACGAACCAGAAUAUGAAUUUAGUAAUGGAAAUGGAAAUCAGCAGUUGUCACUGUCGGAGGGAGGGGGGAUUGGGACAACAGGCUGGCAGCUGGCGGCUGGCAGCAGUUGCUGCUGUUCGUUGCAGGCGUGCGGACCAACCAUGUCGAAUCAAUUGUUUUUUCUCAGCUUGGCGGACAUAUUCUCCGUGUAUCCGGCCAUCUUCAAGGAGCGCAGCACGCAGCUGCGCAAAGCCAAGCAAAUCUAUUUGCCCAGCGAUGAGGAGUGGCAGGACAAGAUGUACUUCAUGCUGCUCGAGAUUCAGCGCCAGGUGAACGAGUCCGGCAACAUCAAUAUAUCCCUCAAGGAUAUCGAUAAGCGGGACAAGCCCGUCUUCGAUCCGGAGCGCAUCACCAAAAUCAUCUCGCCCAGCAUCAGUCCCAACGGUCGGCGCAGUCGCGUCCUCAAGCACUGUCAUGCGACCACGGUGCGGAUCCGGCUGAAGGCUAGCGCUCGCUGGAAUCUGCCCACCAUCGCGAAUGCGGCCAAAUUGUUGCGGAAACCCGCCCUGGCCGUUGUCUUUCAAAAUGAGCACGAGAUGCGACUGGCCUAUUCGCUCAUCUACGAUGUUUUUCGCUAUAAAACAGUGUUGUGUAACGCCCUGUCAGAUAUCGGUUUCUUUAAGCAGGAGCAGCACAAAAAGUACAUCGAGGAUGAGCAGCGCGUUUGGUUGAUGCUCUUCGAGCUGUACGAUCGCGACUUCAAGAAUCGCAACUCGGAAUAUCAGGAACAACAGGCGCAGCUCUAUAAGGAGGCGCAAGUAACAGAAAUUGCGAAUGUGCUGUGGCAGCAUCGCGUGCGCCUGGCCGCCUCCAUCUCCCGCAUGCGGAUCGGCGUCGGCGCUCUCCGACUCUCCCAGCUGCUGCCCAUCCACCUGCAGAACGAGAAGGUGGCCAUUGCGGCGGCCAAUCCCGUUGUCACCGGCUGGAUAAAUCCCUUUCUGCUGCGCAACAAGUCGGAGGCGAACAAGAUACUCAUGGAGAUGGGCUACACGGUGCACGGGCCGGAGGAUGAGCAGCCGCUGCUGGAGCAGCACUGCAAAUGGGACAACAUUUGUCCGCUGGUGAUAUCCAUUAUACCCAAGGAUCGCAGCGAGUUCACCAAGUCGCGGCUCAUGACCAAGCACUACUUUAUCAUGCAGGACAAAAACUUUUCGUAUGGCCCGGCUAUCAUGUCCAAGCUCAUGGACUACUUCGAGCUAUAUGGUGACAUACUGCAAACCCACGUGGACUCGCCCCGCUCCACGGCCUACCUGGCCGCACUUUUCUACUCUGUGAAUCGCGUGAAUAACUUUUAUGUCUACGGCGCGGGCGCCAAUCUCAAGGAAUACCGACGCUACAUGGAAACCAUAGGCGUCAGCAAUAUUCGGCUCUUUGGCGACGCCUUCACCUCCUUUCCCAUGGAAUCGAAUCGCUUUCGCAGUGUUGUCGGCGUCUUUGCCACGCCCCCGAAUUCAUUUAGCGCCAUCUCGGAUCCAAUUGAUUUGAUUUGCUCGCGCGGCGGCGAUCUGAGCAUGCUGGAGGUGCUCACCGAAUCGGAGGUCAGCGACGAGGGCAAACAACGGGUGGGCUGCAUCCUGGAGGAGCAGCUGCUCACGCUGACCAUGUCGAUGUCGCGGCCGCAGAUCCAGUUUGUGCUCUAUCAGACCCAUUCGAUAGUCGGCACCGAGAACGAGGACAUGGUGCAGCAUGUGCUGGGCGUGAUCAACAGGCUGGCGCUGGAGAAGCAUCGUCAGGCGUACCGGGAGGUGAAGCGUCUGGAGGCCAUUGCCGAGGCUGAGGCGGCCAAUAUACCCGCGGCGGCCAUGUCCAAGGAGUCGCCGCGCAAAAAGGACAAACUGGCCGCCGAGGAUAAGCGCAAAUCCCAACCAGAACUGAACGCCAAGCCGGGCGAGCCACCAACUCCAGCUGUCCAGCUGCCGCGCGUGGACAGCAUCGAUCUGAUUGUGACGCCCGACAUCGAUGAGUUCGUCCAGGACACUGUGCCGGAUAUCUGCAUCAACCAGGACAACUGCAUCCAGCAGCUGGCGACGGGCAGCUACCUUGCGCUCGUGCGCCGCAAGGCGCUCACUCAGCUCAACGAGAAGUACCUCAUCCGCAUGGCCGAGCGGCGCGGACUCUUCGGCAAGCCGGAGCGCGACAAGACCAAGUCGCGCGCCGUCAAGCUGCAGGAGACCAGCGAGCCGCCGCCUCCGGACACGAACUAUGACAACUGCUCCGCGGGCUCGCGCACUGGAGCACAGCAUGCGGCCCGGCUGCAGCACCAGCGAGCGACCCACUCGAGCGCCAUACGUUCGCACCUGACAAAGGUGUCGACAACGCAGCGGCAGCCGAUAGCGUUUAACUUUAGGCGGCGGGAAUGCAAGCGUUUCUACGUCUUGCCCGUUUAUAUGCAUAGCACAAAGCACAACAGUCGCUUGUGGUGGCAAUAUGCCUUCAAGUGUGUCACGCGCCUGGACAGCGCUGCCGUCUGGCAUCCAAAUCUGAAAUUCAAGCUACACUGCAAGCGACAGCUGCGCAUCCGCAAGCUGAGACGCGUCCAAUGGUGCCACAGGGAGCCGCUGCGCCUUCACAUCACAGACAUCCAGCUGCUCUGCCAGGUGCGCAGUUACAGGGGGCCAUAUCAACUAAAGUCAAUCAAGUAACAGGCAAAAGUUGUUGUAGCUGCCAGAAAAAUAAGUACAUCUAUAUAAAUUACUGAAGGCAAUUGAAAACUUGAAUUUAACACCGAGUACAGCAUUUAUAUAUAAUAUAUAUUUUUAAUUUUUUAAUGAUUUGACGAAUAUUGAGCUAUUGCAAUUACCGACACUCGAAAA